GAGAUGUGUAAUCAGGCAACUGAAGGGAACCACACAAUGUAUAUGUUCCACUUCAGGUGUUUGUUUGCCAAACUAGAAGACGUAGAUUACACUAAUGAACACCUAAACAAAAGUAAGAAACAAUGACGCCUAACAAUUGUGCCUUAUCAUUUAAGCCACACAGUGAGAUCAAAUCAGAGAGAGCUCAGGUUGUGGCGUUAACACAGCAAAUGUGUUCAUGUGAACUGAUUCAGUCCACAACCAUUAAGCCCAGAAUUAUUCAUACCUCUGUUCUUUUCAGUUCACAUCUAUUUCUCCAGAAUAGAAGUGAAAUUCAUGGUUUAGAAUAGUGAAGCCAAAGUUUCCUUGCAGAUCUCCAAGAUAAUCUGUGAAUGGGGGAGAGAAGAAGUAGACCUUCCAAUAAAUAUUAUUAUUUAUUGAGAACAAAUGAUUUGAUUGGAUGCUUUUAUUGGACCGUUUGUGGAGAUGCUGAGAUCAGCAGCUCUGAUAGGAAAACCAGUUAUUGUGUCAUAUAGGGGAAAUAGUAGUUAAGUGGGAAAAGGUGCACCGAUCAGACUGGAUCAGAACGGAUUUUAGAUAAAGAACUGAAGAUGGAUGGAAGUAAAUACAGAGAAAUCCUGAAAGAAAACCUUUGAAAGUGUCAGGAUCCCGGGUUGUUGAGUUGUUUUGGUAGUUUGAUUUGAUUCUAGCUUCAUUAUUAUUUUGUGUUUUUAUCUUGGUUAGAUCUGCCUUGUUCCUGUUUCCCUUUAGUUCAGUUCUUUCUAGUUAUGUUUAUUUCUCAUUAUAGUUAUUCUUUGCUACUCUAGUUUUAUGAUGUUUCUUCAGUGUUAGAUCUAUUUCCUGUUCCUCUGUGUACUCUCCCUCGCCCCCUGUGCCACUCUCUCAGUGCCUCUCAGUCAGCCUUCUGCUCUCCACUCACACCUGUAAUCAUGUAGCUAAUCAUCCUAGAUCUUUUGUUCAGCAUUCUAGCACUUCAUUCUCGGUCGCUCCUCGCCUGCUCCUUUUGUCUACUUCCGUCACUUCCUGGUUCCACCUCAUGUUCUUCGUGUGUUUUCUUGCCUUAAUUUUCUUUGGAUUCAUUAUUUGUUUUUUGCCUUUGCUCCUGUGUUUUUUGUUUGUAUUUUUCUUGUAAGUUUUUCUACCUCACCUUUAUUUUUCUUUGAAUCACGAUUCAGUCAAUAUUCAGUUUCCUCCUCCGUCUCUGCGUUUGGGUCCUACGUUUAGCACCGCAUUAUAACAUUUCCUUUGUGGUUUUUAUUAAUUUAUUUCAUAGGAAGAACCUUGUGCCAGUUUGGCACAUAAAACUCCAAUAAAACACACUGAUGUUUGUGAUUCUAACACAAUAUGGGAAGGUUUGGCCUUGUGGCAGUUUGGGAGCCUUUGUCUUUUACUAUUUCACUGUCAUGAGAAAACUGCUGACAGUCGGCCUUUACUUUCAAACACAUGUUUGCUAAGAAGGUAUACACAACAAUGUGUUAAAUUUGACUUUGUAUGCAAGUGAGGUACUUGCAGAGUGUAGUCUGUUGGUCAUAGUGCAUUACAGCAAUUAUUUAAAGACAAUCAUUGCUUUCAUUGUAAAUAAAUGAUUUUUAAUUGUAAUAUCAAUCAUUAAUAUUCAUAUUUCUCAUUUUCAGUCUUUGGAGAUUGUCAGAACUUCAGUUCUGGGAUCCAAACUUUGGAAUGGCUGUGGAGAAUUUCAGAUGGAACAUCUGCAGGAGCCACAUCAACAUCUCCAACAACCAUGUCCACAUUACCUCCGACCACUACAUCGACAAUAUCUACCCCUACCAUAUCAACGUCACCUAACAAAGCUUCAUUGACAACAAAUUCAACAACCACGUCAACGUCACCUAAGACAAUUACAUCGACAGCAUCUCCCACAACUAUGUCAGUGUCACUUGGCACAACUACAUCGACAGCAUCUCCAACAACUACGUCAACGUCAGGUAGGACUACUACGUUGACAACAUCUUCAACAACCAUGUACGCAUUAACUCCGAUCACUACAUCAGCAAUAUCUACCCCGACUAUAUCAAUGUCACUUGGCACAACUACAUCAACAGCAUCUCCAACAACUACGUCAACGUCAGUUAGGACAACUACGUUAACAUCUUCACCAACCAUGUCCGCAUUAACUCCGACCACUACAUCAGCAAUAUCUACCCCGACUAUAUCAAUGUCACCUAACACAACUUCAUUGACAACAAAUUCAACAACCACGUCAACGUCACCUAAGACAAUUACAUCGACAGCAUCUCCCACAACUAUGUCAAUGUCACUUGGCACAACUACAUCGACAGCAUCUCCCACAACUAUGUCAAUGUCACUUGGCACAACUACAUCGACAGCAUCUCCAACAACUACGUCAACGUCAGGUAGGACUACUAUGUUGACAACAUCUUCACCAACCAUGUCCGCAUUAACUCCGACCACUACAUCGACAAUAUCUACCCCGACUAUAUCAACGUCACGUAACACAUCUUCAUUGACAACAUCUUCAACAACCACGUUAACGCCACCUAGAACAACUACAUUGACAACAUCCAGCCCAACUUCAUCAGUGUCACAUAGGACAACUAUGUCGACAAGAACUACGUUAAAGUCACGUAGGACAUCUACGUCAACAAGAUCUCCGACAACUACGUCAAGAUCAUCUUUAACAACACAGUCAACAGUUAAAGGACAAACACAAUUGUCAAAUACAGCAACACCGCAGUCACCAAUGGACGUUAAGCCUGGUUUGGCAUGCCAUUCCAGAAGUGCGUCUGACGUGGGUCCGAGAAAAGACUCGUCAACAGAAACACCAGCACCACUCACAGGGCAAAGCACCUCCAUCCUGGUGUUGUUGAUUCUGUCCAUCACCGCUAACAUCAUGCAGUGGCUCAACUCUUUCCUGCAGAAGCGGAGACUCAAGAAGAAGCAGAAGCAGAUGCCCGACGAAUGCAUCUCCCUGAACACCGACGAAUGCAUCUCCCUGAACCCGGACGCAGCGGCGGCCGAAAACAGCCCAGAGAAAAGCUUAAGUUACUCGAACGAAACUGUGAAUUGAGGACCAAACUCAGGACCUCGUUUUGUCAAACUCUCCACGGGCAACUCUUUCCCUGCAUGAACUGUUUCUAACAGAAUGAAUAUAUGAGCUUCUAAAUCAUUUUGUCCACCAAAAACAAACAAACAAAAAGGAAAUCCAAGACAUGAGAGAAGACGUUGCAGGAAGCUGCGUUGGUCACGGAGUCAUCAAUCGGAGGCUGACCUCCCGCAGCACAGGUCACAUCACUCCAUUCGACUGAAUGCUGCUCCUCUGGAGCCGGCCUGAGGCAUGUGUGUGUUUGUGUUCCUCCCAUGAUUCUCUGUUAUGUGACCUGAAAUAGUUACAGGGAGAAGAACCAAUAACUGAAAGUAAUGUUUGAGUGGAAACCUCAGGUGCAUUGCACAGCGUUGCAUUCACCGUGCAGUGAAUGGUGAAAGUAUUCAGACCUGUUGGAACGUUUUCCCGGCGUUGUUGUUGUGUGACUACCACAAACCGUAAACUAUUUUAUCUAACGGGAAUUUAUCUUUCACACCAGCACAGAGAAGAAUUCACUUGGUUUACACGGAAAGCCGUUAAGACUGAUCAGUGCUGAAGUUCUGAGAAAUAUUCUCGACUGGAAGGUAAACCUUCGUUGUCGUCUCAAGUCUUUUACAGCCUCCCAAAAGUUGUCAGGACUGAUUGCAUGUAAUGAGCUCCAGUCUCUAACCCUGUCACGAUAACAAAUGUUGCUGAGCGAUUCAUUGUUUCCAAAAUUAUUGUGAUAAACGAUAAUAUUGUUUGAAGACCUUUUUACACUGAUUUAAUGGAAAUGAUGUAAUAACGCAUGCGAUUUCCUGCCAAA